AACAAUGCAGACUCCUGCCUUGAACAGGGAACAUGACUAAGUCUUGUCUCUAGAAAUGCCUCUGAUUUUUUUCUCCAAACUUCAUGUAGGAGCUGUGAUUGCAAUAGCUGCGGGCUCAUUGCUCAACCAUCCACCCGGGCGCCGUUCUGUGUUGCUUUCGGGCAACCGGCCCGCGAGUUCCGGCCGCAACCGCCGGUUCCGGGUUCCGAAGCCGGUUCCGCAGCACUGGCCCAAGUCAGGGACUAAGGAGAUUGGAUGACGAAGUAUCAUAUCAGUGUCAAGGCGACCUUUCUGGAGUUUGUUCCACUGGACGCCACCUCAGAGUCGCCCCUCCGCCGGUGUCGAUCGUGCUCACCGCAUUGGUCGCCCCCCGAGAUCGAAAAGGGAAAGCGAGGAGGUGGCGCCAGUGACAGUACCGCAGCAGAGACUGAGGAUGUGGUCUUGAACUCCAGUGAAGACACAGAAGAUUGCAAGGGCCAGCCCCAGGUGCUGUACAAAAAGCACCGCAGUAACUUAUACAGGAAGAUCAACAAGGAGAUCUCAUCGGCCUAUUGUACCCAAAGCCUCCUGAACAUCAUCGACAGAAGCUUGGGCGACAUGAAUGCCGUCAACCUCUCCACUUCGAUCCACCGGCUGGCCCGUGCCAUCGGUUCCCACGAAUGGGACCCAGAGGUUUCUCGAGUUCUUGACCGGUUGCUGGAUGCCAUCGAACAUCAGGCGGUCUCGGAGCUCGAGAGGGGCGCGUCCAAGUUUUCUCCACGCUGCGCCACCAUCAUCGCGUGGUCUUGUGCAACACUCCAGGUGUUUCGCUUGCGGCUAUUCUCGGUGCUCAUGACGAUCAGCUUGCAAAGUUUGCAGUCCUGCCAAGCUUACGAGGUGACGAACCUUCUUUGGGCUGUGGCUCAACUGAGCAAGCAGUCUCCUGAGCCUGUCUUGAUGCGCGAGGUUCAGGAGCUCAUUACGGCCUCCACGAGUUUCUUCCGCGAUUGCGACUCCUUGGGCCAGGUGAAAGCGCAAGUCUUAGUCUCAGCCUUGGUCUCGGUGGCCGACCUCACCGUCGACGGUCCCUCACAGGCUUGGCUAUUCCAGAGCUUGUGCGAAAUGCUGGUGCCCAAAUGUCCGGAGCUGUCCUUCUCAAGCAAGACGCAUAUCGUCAUGGCCUUCCAGGCGAUGCAUGGGCGGGACUCCCAUUUUGUGGAGCGUUUGAUCGAGUCUGUGUCCGAGCUGUGCCCCGAGUUGAUUGGAGUCUCUCCCUUGAGAACGUCCUGAGCGAGAAGCAUUCGCCGCCGUGCCGCUGACUUCGCCAAUGGUGAAAAAUGAUUCUGAUGUUUGCCCGCCAAUAGUCUAAGACAACUAGGCCUCCUUUUGCUGUGAACCCUUUGAUUUGCAGCGCCUGACUGGCCCAUAUCAAAUCAUGUUUUCUGUGGUUCGAUCUUCGUCCCUGCCAGUUUCCUGUUGAUUGCUCCCA